AUGUCUCAGCAAGGCCAAGACCAGUCUCAAGACCAACAGCAAGGGCUGUACAACCGCUACUAUCAAAACGCGGGACAGCAGCCCGGCUACCAGCAACCAGCAGGCAACUAUCAGCAAUACUAUCAGGCGUACGGCCAGCAGCAGCAGCAGCAGCAAGCAGGCGGAUAUCAAGCGUACGACCCAAACGCACAAGCAUACCAGGGCUACGACCAGAACGCCCAAGGAUACCAAGGCUACCAAGGCUACAACCAGGGCUACCAGGGCUACAACCAAGGUGGUCGCGGCGGAUUCAAGGGUAACCGUGGAGGAUACAGAAACAACAACAACGCCGGCUAUGGCGGCUACCAGGCCUACAACCAACAGCAAGCUUACCAGCCUUUUGAACAGCAAGCACAGCAGUCUCAGGGCAUGACUUUGCAGGACUUCCAGAACCAGAAGAGCACAGGUCUCAACACCCCUGCAGCUUCUACUGCGGCCGCCGCUUCUCCUUCUGCGCCUGCUCCAAAGCCCAAGAAAACCCUGAAGCUUGCCUCCAGCUCUGGCAUCAAAUUAGUUGGUGCCACUAAGAAGCCCGAGGUUGUCAAGAAAGAAGAGCCAAAAAAGGAAGAACCUAAGAAAGAGGAGCAAUCCGCUGAAGACAACACCCAAGAGUCAACUGGUCCAGCUGCUGACAAUGCUGGCGAAGAGGCCACCAAAGAUAGCGAGACUGCUUUGCCAAAGGUUGAGCAGCUCAAAAUUAGCGAAGAGAAACCAGCCAAGAAGGAAGAGGAGACCGCGAAUGCCUCCACUGCCCAGGCUAGUUCCGCAGACGCCAUCAUCAAAGAACAAGAGGAUGAAAUUGACGAAGAGAUUGUCAACGAUAUGUUCGGCGGCAAGGACCACAUGUCUAUUAUUUUUAUGGGCCAUGUCGACGCUGGUAAAUCAACCAUGGGCGGUAACCUUCUAUACCUAACGGGCUCUGUGGACAAAAGAACCGUUGAGAAAUAUGAGAGAGAGGCCAAGGAUGCUGGUAGACAAGGCUGGUAUCUGUCGUGGGUCAUGGACACAAACAAGGAAGAGAGAAAUGACGGUAAGACCAUCGAGGUUGGAAGAGCUUACUUCGAGACAGAAAAGAGAAGAUACACCAUCUUGGAUGCUCCUGGCCACAAGAUGUAUGUUUCUGAAAUGAUUGGUGGUGCGUCCCAAGCUGACGUCGGUAUUCUUGUGAUCUCCGCAAGAAAGGGUGAAUAUGAAACAGGUUUCGAGAAGGGCGGUCAAACCAGAGAGCAUGCUCUAUUGGCGAAGACACAGGGUGUCAACAAAAUGAUCGUAGUUGUCAACAAAAUGGACGACCCCACUGUCGGUUGGGACAAGGAGCGUUACGACCUCUGUGUCAAGAACAUUUCUACUUUCUUGAAGGCCAUUGGAUACAACAUUAAGCAAGAAGUAAUUUUCAUGCCUGUAUCUGGUUACACUGGCGCCGGUUUGAAGGAACGUGUCAAUCCAAAGGACUGCCCUUGGUACAAGGGCCCUGCUCUGCUUGAGUACCUGGAUAACAUGACUCACGUGGACCGCCGCAUUAAUGCUCCUUUCAUGCUGCCAAUCGCGUCUAAAAUGAAGGACUUGGGUACUAUCGUCGAGGGUAAAAUUGCCUCGGGCCACAUCAAGAAGAACACCAGCACACUGUUGAUGCCAAACAGAAUCCCAGUUGAAAUUGUCAAUAUCUACAACGAGACUGAGGCCGAGGUUGACAUGGCUGUUUGUGGUGAGCAAGUCAGAUUGAAAAUCAAGGGUGUUGAGGAGGAAGAUAUUUCUCCAGGUUUCGUCCUAACAUCUCCUAAGAACCCUGUGAAGAACGUUACCAAAUUCAUUGCUGAAAUUGUCAUAGUUGAACUGAAAUCUAUCAUAUCUGCUGGUUUCUCAUGUGUCAUGCACGUUCACACUGCUAUCGAAGAAGUCACUAUCUCCAAGUUGUUGCAUAAGCUAGAAAAGGGCACCAACCGUAGAUCUAAGAAGCCUCCUGCUUUCGCUAAGAAGGGUAUGAAGAUCAUUGCGCUUUUGGAGACUGAGGAACCGGUUUGUGUUGAGACUUACCAGGAUUACCCACAGCUAGGUAGAUUCACACUGAGAGACCAGGGUACCACUAUUGCCAUUGGUAAGAUUGUAAAGAUUAAGGAUUAA